AGUUUUGUACGAUGGAGGAGAUCUCCAGUAAUAAUAUCCCCCUUUUCAAGCAGUUCCUGGCAAAAUUUCAUGAUGAUACUUAUGGAUCUUUGACAGAAGAUGAUACAUUUCCUUUUCGGCUGGUUACGUACUACAUCAGCCCGUCAGAUGCUGAGGGAGAAUGCAUUGAUUGGAUACUUCAGUAUCUUGCUCAUCAAAACAAGUGUCCCCCAGUAUUGGCCCUGAACAUAGCCAGAGCAGUUGUCAAUGAAUUCAAAACCAUAGACCUCAUUGAGCUUUACCGGGCGAAUCAGAGCUUGGAAGAAGAGAAAGAAGACUAUGUUCCUCAAAUAGAAGCUAACAAAUUUGCCCUAGCUGUCUUUCACAAGGUUCACAAAGUCUGUUCACUUUGGCACAAUGAUCUCCCUAAGAUAUGCCUGCCAGAUGUUUGCUAUGAAGUCUCCUCCCAUGGCAUCAAAAAUUCCCGCCGAAAAAUGGAGGACCGUCAUAUGGUUAUACCCGACUUAAAUUCACUGUUUGAUUUGAAGGACUAUCCCAAUCAGUCAUACUAUGCUGUCUUUGAUGGUCACGGUGGACUUGAUGCUGCGUGGUACUCUGCUGCUCAUGUCCAUACGAACCUUGUUCGGCAGCCCAUGUUCAGGGAUGAUCCUCUCACUGCGCUCAGGAACGCUUUCCUCAAAACUGACGAGGAUUUCGAUAUAAAAGCUAAAAAUGAGGGUUUAAGAAGUGGCAGCACGGCUGUUGCAAUAUUACUGCGGGACAAGAAGCUCUAUCUGUCAUGGCUCGGGGACAGUCAGGCGAUCUUGGUGAAGGAUGGUGUACCCGUGUCAAUCAUGUCACCACACAAACCAGAAAGAGAGGAUGAGAAACAUAGAGUUGAGGCACUUGGUGGAUGUGUCAUAUGGUUUGGUGCUUGGAGAGUAAAUGGUGCAUUAUCUGUGUCCAGAGCCAUAGGGGAUACUGACCAUAAACCAUAUAUCAGCUCCGAACCAGAUACCUUUUCAUGCGAGCUGGAUGGGACGGAAGAUUACAUUGUGAUUGCCUGUGAUGGGCUAUGGGAUAGCAUCUUGCCAAAAAACCUCACAGGUCUUGUCUAUAAUCACAUUCAAGAAAAUGGUGGAGAUCGCAGUAGAAUUGCCAACAAGUUGAUAAGCGAAGCACGCGAAGAAGGCUCGAAUGAUAAUAUCUCAGUGGUUGUUGUAUUCCUACGUGAAAAUAUCGGUGUGCCGGCAUCUAUGGAAAGUCAGGAUGAACAAUUGAUGAGCGGUGAUUCUGAAAAUGGUGGCACAAAUGAAACCGAGCAAGCUGAUGGUUCAGUGGACAUGGGUAGUGCUGACUUGUCACCUGGUGCAAGUCCUGGUGGCAUGCCAGAUGAUCCAGGGCCUCCUAGCGGGGACCCUGGUGCCCAGGAUACAGAAGACAGAGAGGGGGUCAAUUUAGGUAAAGCUGAAUCUAAGUCUUCCCCUGUUAACAACCAGAAGGCCAGUCCAGUGCCAAGUCCAAGGCAGCAAAAAAACAAACCAAAAACGAGCUUGACAAUUGAUGUCGGUUCAAAAAACAAGGAAAUUGGACCAAGAGGUCGUAAAAGUAGUGGAACAAAUGAUGUAAGGUCAUCGAUUGGGAUUAUUGGACAAAAGUCGCCGCUGUCGCCAAGAGAUAAAAGUAAUCAGUUUCCGUCUGUUAAGGAGAAGGGGUCUUCUCCUGGUGUGAAAAGUCCUACAGCCCUCAAAGACAGAACUUCUGAUAUGAAUAGUGGCAAAUUUUACCCGUCACCUGUGGCAGCAUCAAUGAAACAGAAGAAAUCCUCAUGCGAGACCAUAUUAGAUGGUGCUAAUGUUACUUCCUCAGGGUCAAAUACAGCUGCGGCAAAACAGAUUUCAACAAAAAUGUUUGCGACGAUGCCAGCAUCUGUUGGGUCGCAGAGGUCACCAGUAAUUCCUGGCAGUAACAGGAAGGUGUCACAAUCCACUUCUUUGAAGUAAGAUUCAUUGCGGUUAAGUUUAUUUCUUUCAAUGUAGGCAUUGUUCUUUCUAUUCCUCUGUUUUAUUUUCAAUGCUUGUUUAAAGGAAGAUUAUCUCACGAUAAUACUGAACUGGCUCUAAUGAACAGAAGUUUUCAAAGUUUGUAUCAUAUCCUUGAAGACCUUUCUGAGAUGUAUCAAAAAAUAUGUGCUCAAAGGUUGUACAAACUGUCUGUGCAGAGUUGCAGGUGUGUGUCCCCUUUGGCACACAAACUCUCUUAUUAUUAUAAAUGCCGGUGUGGUGUUAUUUCGAGACACUCCUUUAAUCUAUUGAAAGACAACUUGGAAUCCUAUGAUGGAAAGUUCCAUUUGAAGGGACUACUUUCAGAAUGCGAACAAACUUCUAGUGAUACCUGGCCAUGGACCAUGGACUUAACAAGGGUAAAUGGAAAGAUGUGCAUCGAUUGGGUCAAGGCUCUUGACAUACAAUUUGAUGGUUUAUAAACUUAACCUUGAUCUUUAAAGGCAAGAUACAUGUAUCUUGGCUAUACUGUGCUAGAAUGUCUUCUUUAUGGACUAUUGGGAAGAUUAUGUUCGUAUUUGUAGAACUUGUGUACUGACAACAUUGCAAGAACAAACACCCACACGACUGAUUUCAUUUCUCAGGUUUUUGGCCAAAAUAUAUUACAUGUACCUAUAGCUGUGAUACAGCAGUGUCCUCCUAAUGUUAAUACUUUACCCAAUAACAGAACUCACUGUUCUUUUUAAAAAGCUGAUUAUUAUUGUCUUUAUUGAUAUACAGAAUUUUACAGGAAAAUGCUGACUUCAAAAGGUUUGCAGUGAGCAGGGAGAAAUUAUGGUAGUAAAGUUUUCUCUGCUUACAAAUUAAAAAUUCGGAGUGUAGAACAUUUCCGUUGUAUGUUUUUGUACAUUUAUUCCGCAUGUUUGCACUUGCCAUAUUUAUGUUCAUAAUACUGGUAGACACAUAUAAAGGAGGAGUCAUGUGUCAUCACCUAGUUCCAGGCCGGCACUUAAGAUUGGAUAGUUCCUAUGUAGAGUGAUGUUGUGGGAUGUAUCAAAAGUGUACUGCAAACUGUUUGUGUACAUUUUUGGAUGCCACCUUCCCAAUGGCACAGUGCCGGUCCAGCAUUAAUCUCGAGACACACAUCAUUGAGUUAUAUAGUAAAUUUCUACAUAUAUUUUCAAUAAGCACUGCUAAUUAUUUGUUUAAUGAUGUUACAUGCAAAAAAUAUUUACUGAAUUUUCACUGCAUGUGUUUUAAUUUUGGUCUAACCAGAAUAUUUCUCUCUUUUGGAGAUCCUCGUAAGAAAACAUGAUUGGUAUGAAGACUGGUUUAAAAUUGACAAGUUUGUUUGCAUAAUGAGGUAAUGUUAUUUUCAUUACUUAGAAGUUUUCCAUGCCAACAGACCAAUGAGAUUGCAUAUCACUAGUGCCAUAUUAUGGUUUAGUUAUACGAUGGCUGAUAAGGCAUCUAGUUUGGUUUUGAACAAUUCCAACACUGUUAACUCCUCUUAAAUUAAUUCACAGCACUCCUUCAAAUUUAGAAGUUACAUGUAAAGCCUGUGUGGUUUUGUAGAUGAGUAAAGUGUUCUAUUUAUAGUGCAAUAGUAUUGUCUCUCGGCUUGUUUACCGGUAGUUACAUAGCAUCUUGAAUAUUGUUUUCAAUUUUGUUGUUACUCGUGAUAACCAUAGUAGGUUUGUAAUCUAAUGUAUUCAAUACCAUUAGUUUUCUAUAAUGAUUGUACUGUGCACUGGUAUAUUUGUGUAAAUGACUUUGACAAUGUUUCAGUUAAUUCUUUGUGAAGUAAUAUUUUGUCUUGAUGCUAAUUUUGUUGCCUGUUGUGUUUCCCAUAACGCUGCAUAUACAGUUAUGAUGUAUUUUUCCUCACAAGAUGCUUUGAUGUCUCAAUUUUUCAAAACGAAAAAAAAUUGAAAGACUUCACAUGUUUUUGUUAAAAGUCUCAUGAAAUCAGUAGCACAAUGAUGUCCUCAGUCGAAUCUGCUUGUAAAAACGUUUGGCUGACCGAAAUUUUUAUCCAAGUUUUUUUUACCGAUAAUCAAUCAAAAAAUAAGUUUUUAUUGAUGCCAAAUAAUCGUUUAUACAACCAAGUUCGGCUGUACAACUUAUUCAGGUCAUAUUAUAUAAUGUUCAGUGAUCUCUAGAAAUCUGUAUAUUCGCUAUUUUUAUACAUGUAUGCCUCUGUAUUACUUGGGGAAGUCGCCAGCACUCUAAUCAUGAUGCAAGACCCAUUUGUAACUAUUCAUGCCAAAUGACAUUUCAUCAAGAGUUAGAGAACUGGGACAAGAAUCCAGGAAGUAACACACUGGGUUCCCCUCUCCCUUAUUAAAGAAAAUGUAAUGAAGUUGGCACUUACUCAGUCUCCCGGUCCCCCCUGAAACCUGUGAUUUUAUGAUGAUGGUAUUCAGUUCUUAUAGUUCACAGCAAGGUAUUGUGGUCCUGUUGGUGCCAGUUUGGCUUUCAAGUUAUAUGAAGUGCAUGAAUCCUAAAAAUUGAUGAGCUGGAUAAAUUGGUUGUCUGACCAAAUACUGUGAUGGCCAUUGUGUACCAGCUAUUUUCUUCUGUGCAUGAAAAUCAAUCUUUUGUAUUUCCCUUUGGCGCAAAAGGUGAGAAGUUCGUUGUGCAACGUACAAUGUAGAACAAAACAAUUCAGUAGGAUUUCAAAAUGACCACUACACAUACGGUGUAGCGCAAAAUCUCGGGAAGUUAACCAAACACGACAUUUCAUAAUUGGUUUUAACACAUUCCAAAAACGUACCAUUUUAAAUGAUUUUUGUACCCAUAAAUGCCCAUACCCCUAAUCAUUUUGAUAAUUUGUCAGUAAAUUUUACUUGUCAGAAAUAUUACGAGAGAUAUGUUAGUUCAGAGUCUAGUUAGUAUUGAAAUUUGAUUAGAACUUUUGAAUAACUUGCGGUUGCAGUGUCUCACAAUUUGUCACCAAAUCACCUAUGCAAUUAACCAUGAUCAUUGUAUUUAUUGAUCUCACAACAGCCUUUCCACUGUUUUUACUUUUUGACCUGUACACCUCAUGAACUGACACCGGCUUUGCUCCGGCAAUCAUAACAUCGGGUCAAGCCUAUACUUGGUAUCUUGAGUAUUAAAAUAGCUCAGUUUAUUUUGUAACCUUGCUUCUAACUUGAGGUAGAUGUUAAGCUGUAAAUUUGCAUAUCUGCAGGACAAUAACAGAACAACAUUUCCACUGUGGCAUUGUUGAGUUUACUUGGCAUUUUAGAUAAAUUCGCAUUCAAAAUUUCCAAAUUCACUGUAUUGCUGAACUCGAAUCAUUAAACAUGGAUGAUCGGAUGGUGUCAUGUCAUGUGGAUCUUGAUGAACAGUGCAAGAUGGGAUGACAUACUUGAGAAGGCUUGCAUGCUUUUCCUUGUGCCCUGUAAUGCAUAGUCUAUUUUGGUGUGUAUUAGGUGUGUUCUAAGCAAACCAAUUGCCAAACAUCAGAGACAGUCUGCGGAAUUUCCAUUUAGCGUGCGCCAGUGCAUCCCCUCCCCAUCUCAAUGAUGGUCAUGAUCAGGCAAUGGCAUCUUCAUCAAAAAUUUCUACUGUUCCUUGACGGAUUUGUACUGUGAUAUCGUAACUCAAUGUCAUAAUAAUAUUAUCUCUUUUGUCUGCCUGUUAAUUGUCAAAAAUGUUGUAAAAGGUCCAGGUGUCUGAAUCUUCUAUGAUACCCGCUUCGUACCAGCAUACAGUGCUACACAAGUCAGAAGAAUAGUCCUUUGAGCAUAUUCUUUGGUUAUACAAGCCUGGCAUGUUUUGUAUUGGUUGUAAAAUCAUACUGAACUUCCAGCAGUAUUGCAUGUAUUGCCUCCGUUAUCUCCGCCCAUAGAUGCGCGGUGUCUGUAAAGCUUAGCAAUGUCAAUACAUUGAGGGUCAAGAUGCAUUGAAAUGUGCACUUGCCAUUCAAAAUUACAACAACUGCAGCCAAUGUAUGUAUAGCAUUGUAUGCUUGUAACAUGCUGGUCAAUGAUAAUAACUCAACUCCAAUACUCCAGACAGCUGAACUCAUUGCACAGCAAAUGUAAAAAAUGACACCUCUUAAUGACCAGCGAGGCUAUUUUGAUGAGAUGUGUGUCGGUCUUUAUCUCUAAGAAAAUUUUCUAAAUUUGCUUGUGCAUUAUUUUGGAACAUCAUGUAUGCCAAGGAGGGUUGCAACAACUCUAGAACAUGAGACACCUAGACUAUUUAAAGAAUGAAAUACCUCAAACAGCCACUUGUGCUUCUGUUAUACUGAACAAUCAAGAUAAAAUUGCUGUGUGUUACUGUGUGCAUGACAUAAUAUUUAUUCCUCAAGUAAAAGAAGGAAAAGAAAUAUUGCUUCUUUUCUUGUAAACAUGUUUUGCAGCAUGCUCUGUGUGAGAGCCAGUGUAAAGUAAAUAAACAAUAUUAUGGUAUCAUAA